AGUGUGAUUUUGCCAAGACACGAGUCAUGGCUUCAGCAAAUUUAUGCUUGUGUACUUUGAUAUUAAUUUCCAUCUCUCAAAUAUGUUUUGGGGACUACAGAGCAGCUGUGGUGGAGUAUCAGCCAGUAGAAUUAGCUGAUGCAAAUAUUACUAUGGAAAGCAACAUUAAGGAAUAUCGUUCAUUUGUAGAACAAGCAAAGAAAAAUGGAGUUCUGAUAAUAGUCUUUCCCGAGUAUGGAUUAACAGGUUAUAAUCCUAACGUGACGGCAUAUGCACUUGAAAUUCCUGAUGUAGGAAUUAAACCCAAUCAUACUAACGGUUUGAUUUUAGAAAAACUUACCGACUUGGCACAAAGCUUCGAAAUGUAUGUUGUAUUAAAUUUGUUAGAAAAGAAAACCAAUACCAAUAAUAAAACUUUUUACUACAGUACAAACUUAGCAUUUAAUCCCAAAGGAGAGAUUGUUGCAAAAUCACGAAAAACACAUCUUUUUGACGAAUCAAAUUUGACAGCUGGAAAGCCUUCCGAAAAUACUAAUACUUUUGAAACUGUAUUCGGUGUUACAUUUCAAUUAUUUUCCACCUACGAUCUGAUUUGGGAAAACCCCAAGUCCAACGUUAGGGAUAUCGUUUAUCCAUCAUCUUGGAUCUCGACUUUACCGUUCUAUCACUCUCUGUCAGUUCAACACGGAUAUGCUGAAGCGAACAAAGUAAAUCUUUUGGCGGCAAAUUUGAAUAAUCCAUCUGUGGCACUUGGAGGUAGUGGUAUAUUUGGAUCAAAUGGUACCGCUUACCAAUACUACAUUUCAGGAAAAACUGCUUCAAAAUUGUUAACAGCUACUGUUGUCAAUACUAUCUACAACGUUUCAGUUACUAGACACAUUACGCAGAAUAAAUUCUUUAAGGGUGGUCUUGGAAGCUUUGACUUUGAUGAUGAUAAACCAGAAAUUCUAAAUUACAAAAGUAAUAGAUUAUUUGAAAACAAAAAAUAUGCAACGAAAACACUAGAUCUUUCCAAACAUAAUAUCCAAGAGAAAAUAUGCCACAGGUCUUUCUGCUGUCAAUUUAACAUUAAUGUAACAACAAAUUCCAGCUCGGAUAUAUAUAAGUUGGUUGCUUACAAUGGCCCAAUAGAUAUUUACGGAACCCAUAAGAAAAACCAAAAGGUUUGCUCCAUUGUAGCUUGUGAGACUUCAGAUGAUAGUACUUGCGGCAGCCGCACUGUGGAACCUAAUACAAAGUUCAGCAAUAUUUUGGUUGAAAGUACAGUUGCUAAUACCAACAGCUUUAUACCAUUGACGCUAACUACUAAAUUAGUACCAAUAUUUAACACAACGUUUGAUUCAACAGCAGUCAAAAAUGACAGAAAACUAACCCUUCUCAGUGAAUUAGAAACCGGCAGUGUUCUUGCUUUUGGUAUUGUAGAGACCAGUAUUAGUGGUAGUACCACGGUUACAUUUAGUUUUGCUCUAAUGAGUAUUAUAUUAUUGCGUUAUAUUCUCUUUUAGAUUAAAUUAUUUUUUAAUAUGG